AUGGACGUUUGCCUUUUGCAGAGUGCGCCGACAGCUGCACGAGUGGUGGAGACGUGGAGAGAGAGGAUAGGAAAAGCGCUUCGCUCUAACCUCUUUGAGACGGCUUUACAGGAUUUUAACGCGAAAACAGUUCUCGCUGGGCUGAAUGAGGACUUUCAACGGGAAUGGCAGCGCUGUGGGGGUCAUGGGUAUGUCACAGAGGAUGGGGGGGAGGUGUAUUGGAAACUCGAUCCAAAUAUUGGUCAAACAGAAGCGAAAGAUGAGGAGGGGGCUCUUUAUACUUCUGAAACAGAGGCGUGUGGAUACGGCGUGCGUGGCCUUUGGGACUUUUUAUCUCGUUUGCGGCUCUAUUGUAUUCAACCUUCGGCAGACUCCUCGUGCGGCGGGGGCUUACUCGACGAAAACCAUCUCCACCUUCUUCCGAAUGGCUUUGCUGGGCACUAUGGCGAGCUUUUUGUCUCUUUGCUGCGGUGGAAGACGAUGGAGGACUAUGCGACGUCGACUUGGCGGCUUGGUUUGAGCUGUGGGCAGGUCCUCGAGGUUUCCUUUUUUCUAAACACCGCACGGUAUAUUCUUAUCACACUUCAGCGCGCGAUGUGGGAUCGACUCCGUGUGCUUUCUGAAGGUUAUCGCAGUAAUUUGCGUUUUGAGCAAGGAACUUUGUACACUUACACAAGUGUGGAGGACUUCACACGAGAGCAUCAGGCUUUUAUGGAGGAAUGUCGUUUUGGAGCGAUGCUCGACAAGCCAUUUUUUCCGGUUUGGGGAAUUUUUAUGCGAUUAAUAAGGCUUAUCGAAGCUGUACGGCUGAUGUUGAAGAAUGUUUCGGGUGAGAUGGCGGUGGUGCGGCGGCGAAUUCUCGCUGAAUACCACCUCCUCGAUCUUAGCGGCGGCACCGAUCUUGACUCCGCCAGAUAUGCAAGUAGUGAAGAUAGCUGUUCGACGUGUUCCUCUUUCUCUUCCUCAGAAACGCGCACGGAGGUGCAGGAGAAAGGCCACACGGGCGAAUUAGCCUCUGUUGGACUUUCAGAAAAAAAACUAACAACAACGACGGAUACUACUACCAUUACUUACCCUUUAUUGAUCAAUGCGAAAAGGACAAAGACGAUACCGCGUGGGAAAAAGUUCUACGACGGUGUCUCGACUUCUAAAAUAUCCCCUUCCAACACCUCAACCCUGCAAAAACAUCAAACGCGAUGCGGUGUGAAAAAAACUAAGAAAAAAAAAGUGAAGGUUAAACACAGCAGCGGGGGUGUUUCGUCGACGGUGAAAGAGACUACAAAGCGAACGCCGAAGGUUUCCCCUAAGGGCAAAUCACCUGUGAAUAAUGACGAGAGCACACAGCCGGGAGCCAACAAGCCGAGCGAAAGCUUUGAGCAUCUCCAGCAGCUUAAUCGAAUAGCGCGGAAGAAAAUAUCUGAGGCCCAUGAGCCCCUUCAUCGCCGUCUGCGUGAUGGCAUGAAGUUCCAUUUACGUGGUUUAGUAACUAUUACUGAAGAGCUCAUUGCGGGGUUAUGCUACGUCCGUGAUGAAUGCACGCUAAAAGAGUUGGGGGAGAUUCAAAAUACGAUCCAUGAACCUUACGCCGCCUUCGAAGAUUUUGUACAAAACGGAAAUUAUAGAGGGAAUGAAGGAAAAGCUAAUUCCAUAGCAGAUCCAAUAGAUAACAUCAAACGCAAAAAAUGGAUAGAGUAUCGUCAAAGGGUAUUGACUGAGCGUAUUGCUAUUCUUACAUCCAUGGUAAACUUGCUCCAAACUACAUUAGAUUUACUAAACCGCAAAAUUUGA